AUGUCGGCCUCUUUGGCUCAAAAAAUCAAGUUUCCUUUGUUGGGUCUGUUUGCAACCAUUAACCCCAGAGAUAUCUCAGUACAGCAGAGACACCUCAGUACAGCAGAGAUAUCUCAGUACAGCAGAGACAUAUCAGUACAGCAGAGAUAUAUCAGUACAGCAGAGACACCUCAGUACAGCAGAGACAUAUCAGUACAGCAGAGACAUCUCAGUACAGCAGAGACAUAUCAGUACAGCAGAGACAUCUCAGUACAGCAGAGACAUCUCAGUACAGCAGAGAUAUCUCAGUACAGCAGAGACAUCUCAGUACAGCAGAGACAUCUCAGUACAGCAGAGACAUCUCAGUACAGCAGAGACAUAUCAGUACAGCAGAGACAUCUCAGUACAGCAGAGACAUAUCAGUACAGCAGAGACAUCUCAGUACAGCAGAGACAUCUCAGUACAGCAGAGACAUAUCAGUACAGCAGAGACAUCUCAGUACAGCAGAGACAUCUCAGUACAGCAGAGACAUCUCAGUACAGCAGAGACAUCUCAGUACAGCAGAGACAUCUCAGUACAGCAGAGACAUAUCAGUACAGCAGAGACAUCUCAGUACAGCAGAGACAUCUCAGUACAGCAGAGACAUAUCAGUACAGCAGAGACAUAUCAGUACAGCAGAGACAUCUCAGUACAGCAGAGACAUAUCAGUACAGCAGAGACAUCUCAGUACAGCAGAGACAUCUCAGUACAGCAGAGAUAUAUCAGUACAGCAGAGACAUCUCAGUACAGCAGAGACAUAUCAGUACAGCAGAGAUAUAUCAGUACAGCAGAGACAUCUCAGUACAGCAGAGACAUAUCAGUACAGCAGAGACAUCUCAGUACAGCAGAGACAUCUCAGUACAGCAGAGACAUAUCAGUACAGCAGAGACAUCUCAGUACAGCAGAGACAUAUCAGUACAGCAGAGACAUAUCAGUACAGCAGAGACAUCUCAGUACAGCAGAGACAUCUCAGUACAGCAGAGACAUAUCAGUACAGCAGAGACAUAUCAGUACAGCAGAGACAUCUCAGUACAGCAGAGACAUAUCAGUACAGCAGAGACAUAUCAGUACAGCAGAGACAUCUCAGUACAGCAGAGACAUCUCAGUACAGCAGAGACAUAUCAGUACAGCAGAGACAUCUCAGUACAGCAGAGACAUAUCAGUACAGCAGAGAUAUAUCAGUACAGCAGAGACAUCUCAGUACAGCAGAGACAUAUCAGUACAGCAGAGACAUCUCAGUACAGCAGAGACAUCUCAGUACAGCAGAGACAUAUCAGUACAGCAGAGACAUCUCAGUACAGCAGAGACAUAUCAGUACAGCAGAGACAUAUCAGUACAGCAGAGACAUCUCAGUACAGCAGAGACAUAUCAGUACAGCAGAGACAUCUCAGUACAGCAGAGACAUCUCAGUACAGCAGAGACAUAUCAGUACAGCAGAGACAUCUCAGUACAGCAGAGACAUAUCAGUACAGCAGAGACAUAUCAGUACAGCAGAGACAUCUCAGUACAGCAGAGACAUCUCAGUACAGCAGAGACAUAUCAGUACAGCAGAGACAUCUCAGUACAGCAGAGACAUAUCAGUACAGCAGAGACAUAUCAGUACAGCAGAGACAUAUCAGUAUAUCAGUACAGCAGAGACAUAUCAGUACAGCAGAGACAUCUCAGUACAGCAGAGAUAUCUCAGUACAGCAGAGAUAUCUCAGUACAGCAGAGACAUCUCAGUACAGCAGAGACAUAUCAGUACAGCAGAGAUAUAUCAGUAUAUCAGUACAGCAGAGACAUAUCAGUACAGCAGAGACAUCUCAGUACAGCAGAGAUAUCUCAGUACAGCAGAGACAUAUCAGUACAGCAGAGACAUCUCAGUACAGCAGAGACAUCUCAGUACAGCAGAGACAUAUCAGUACAGCAGAGACAUAUCAGUACAGCAGAGAUAUAUCAGUACAGCAGAGAUAUAUCAGUACAGCAGAGAUAUAUCAGAAGAGUGGAGACAUAUCAGUACAGCAGAGACAUCUCAGUACAGCAGAGAUAUAUCAGUACAGCAGAGACAUAUCAGAAGAGUGGAGACAUAUCAGUACAGCAGAGAUAUAUCAGUACAGCAGAGACAUCUCAGUACAGCAGAGAUAUAUCAGUACAGCAGAGACAUAUCAGUACAGCAGAGAUAUAUCAGUACAGCAGAGACAUAUCAGUACAGCAGAGACAUCUCAGAAGAGUGGAGACAUAUCAGUACAGCAGAGAUAUAUCAGUACAGCAGAGAUAUAUCAGAAGAGUGGAGACAUAUCAGUACAGCAGAGACAUCUCAGUACAGCAGAGAUAUAUCAGUACAGCAGAGAUAUAUCAGUACAGCAGAGAUAUAUCAGUACAGCAGAGAUAUAUCAGUACAGCAGAGACAUAUCAGUACAGCAGAGAUAUAUCAGUACAGCAGAGAUAUAUCAGUACAGCAGAGAUAUAUCAGUACAGCAGAGACAUCUCAGUACAGCAGAGAUAUAUCAGUACAGCAGAGAUAUAUCAGUACAGCAGAGAUAUAUCAGAAGAGUGGAGACAUAUCAGUACAGCAGAGAUAUAUCAGUACAGCAGAGAUAUAUCAGUACAGCAGAGACAUAUCAGUACAGCAGAGAUAUAUCAGUACAGCAGAGAUAUAUCAGUACAGCAGAGACAUCUCAGUACAGCAGAGACAUAUCAGUACAGCAGAGAUAUAUCAGUACAGCAGAGACAUCUCAGUACAGCAGAGAUAUAUCAGUACAGCAGAGACAUAUCAGUACAGCAGAGAUAUAUCAGUACAGCAGAGAUAUAUCAGUACAGCAGAGAUAUCUCAGUACAGCAGAGAUAUAUCAGUACAGCAGAGAUAUAUCAGUACAGCAGAGACAUAUCAGUACAGCAGAGACAUCUCAGUACAGCAGAGACAUCUCAGUACAGCAGAGAUAUAUCAAAAGAAUGGAGACAUAUAAGUAG